AUGUCCGCAUAUAACGCCAAAACCACCGCCACGGGCCUAGUCACCAACUAUACCUCCCUCAUAAAAGGCAAAACUAUCCUCGCAACAGGCGUCACGCCAGGAACAUUAGGCGGCUUCUACGUGCAAUCUAUAGCAUUUGCCAAACCAGAACAUAUUAUCCUAGCCGGCCGCAAUUCCAUCAAACUCGAACAAUGCGCCGCAGAAAUCACCGCCAAGAAUCCCGAAGUCAAAGUCCACACUUUGCAAGUUGAUUUCAGCUCUCUAAAGAACGCAAGAGAGGCCGCGAAGCAAGUUAAUAGCUGGGAUGAUAUUCCCGUUAUCGACGUCCUAGUCAACAACGCAGGCAUCAUGGCUGUGGAGUAUAAGCUCUCGGAGGAUGGUGUCGAGUCGCAGUUUGCGACUAACCAUCUGGGCCCGUUCCUUUUUACGAACCUCAUUUUGGGAAAGGUGUUAAAAUCGGAGGCUCCACGGGUGGUUAUGAUUUCUAGUGAUGGACAUCGGUUGAGUCCGAUUCGGUUCUAUGAUUAUAACUUUGAUGAGGGCAAGACGUACAAUAAGUGGUUAGCAUACGGCCAAUCUAAAACGGCCAAUAUGUUGAUGGCACUUUCAUUGGCUACUAAGUUGAGUGUCAAGUAUGGGUUGCAGGCUUUUAGUCUGCAUCCAGGUGUUAUUCUUACCACGAGUUUGGGGGAUCAUUUGGAUUGGGAGAACACUGAUAUGGAGGGACUGUUAAGCGUUGAUAAGUUGCAGGGUAAUCCUGAAGGCUGGAAGGGUUUUAGUCCUAAGACGCUAGACCAAGGUGUUGCGACGCAUGUGUAUGCUUCGUUUGAUCCUUCGCUGAAAGCAAAUAACGGCGCUUAUCUCAUCGACACGCAUGUGGCUGAUCCACUCGAAGAUACAGUGAAGGCGUGGGCGACCAGUAACUUCGAAGCCGAAAGACUGUGGAGGCUAAGCGAGACUCUGGUUGGUCAAACAUUUGCCUACUAG